CUAAUACCUAGUUUUAGCUCUAUAUUUUCUAUAUUAAUUAGAACGUUAACCUUAACGUUAAGUAUAAAUAAAAGGGCCCUAGCGGGCCUAUUAAUAAGCUCGACGUUAAUUAUAAUAAAGAGGCCGCUAAAAAUAAAACUAUUUAAAACCUUAACGAUAAGGCCCGGGCUAAUAAGACCCUUAGCCUUAGCUAGUAGUUUUAGGAAAUUCCUUAUAUACCUACCGGUUUUUAUUAACUAUAGGCUUACGUUAUAUAUACUAAUAUUAAGGACGACUUUAAUACUACUUAGGACCGCUUAUUAA